AUGUAUAACACUCAAGAAGCAAGUCUAAAGUCUAUAUCAAUGUCUACUUACAGUAGAAUUUCGGGAAAGUACAAGGGAAGUUUGGGGGAAGUACUGGGAAGUACGGGGAAGUAUGAGGAAGUAAAGGGAAGUACGGGGAAGUAUAGGGAAGUUAAGAGGAAGUACUGGAGGACUUCCCCCGAAGGGGAAGAUGACGACAUGCAAUCCAGUAGCAACUUCAAGUUAAAGAAAAAGUUUCCGUAUCGUGAGUUGGUCGGAGUUCUUACUACUCGACUUGAUAUUUGGUUUCCGGUGAAUUACCUGGGGCAAUUUAACAACUGUUAUGGCAUCAAUCACUGGACAGUAUCGAAGCGACUGUUACGGUAUCUGAAGGGAACCAUUGACGUAGGAUUUAUUUUAGGUUCAAAUUCAGUAGCGAUUGCUGGAUUUAUCGAUUCAAAUUGGAGCAACAAUUCCGACAAUAGGAGACGUUUCUUUGGGUACAUAUUUAUACUCAACAGAGGCCCUCUGUCGUAG